CGCCCGCCCACCCCCCGCCCUGCGCGUCACGGUUCGGGCGGCGCAUAAAAGGCUCGGAGGCCUGGGGCGCACUUGGCGCUGAGAACGCGAGUCCAGGCGUGAGCGAGUCCGUGCGUCCCGCCCUUGCCCACGCAGCUUUCAGCCAUGGCCUGCGGCAACGCGCACAUUGGAAAGCCCGCACCAGACUUCCAUGCCACCGCGGUAGUGGAGGGCGCCUUCAGGGAGGUGAAGCUUUCCGACUACAGAGGGAAAUAUGUGGUCCUGUUUUUCUACCCGCUGGACUUCACCUUCGUGUGCCCCACGGAGAUCAUCGCUUUCAGCGAGCAUGCUGAGGACUUCCGCAAGCUGGGCUGCGAGGUGCUGGGGGUCUCUGUCGACUCUCAGUUCACCCACCUGGCUUGGAUCAACACCCCCCGGAAGGAGGGAGGCUUGGGCCCCCUGAACAUCCCCCUGCUGGCCGAUGUAACCAGAAGCUUGUCCCACGAUUAUGGCGUGCUGAAAGAAGAUGAAGGCAUCGCCUACAGGGGCCUCUUCAUCAUCGACGGCAAGGGUGUCCUUCGCCAGAUCACUGUCAAUGACCUGCCUGUGGGGCGCUCUGUGGACGAGGCUCUGCGGCUGGUCCAGGCCUUCCAGUACACGGACGAACACGGGGAAGGCUCUCCUUUGCCUGUUUGGCCCUCAUUACUGCCCCGCCUUGACUAUGGGGCUCCAGCCUCACAAGUGCAUCCCUGUGUCUUCCCAUAGUCUGUCCCGCUGGCUGGAAGCCAGGCAGUGACACGAUCAAGCCCAACGUGGACGACAGCAAGGAAUAUUUCUCCAAACAUAACUAGGCUGGCAGUCGGGUGGCAAGCUUGGGCUCUCGGCCCCUCCCUGUGCUGACCCGGGAAAGGCCAGACCUGCACCCUCAAACUCCAUAGUUGUCCACCCUGGAGGGCUAGGCCGAGGCCUUCUCAUGCUCCCAGCUGAGAGCUGCUGAAUAGUGACUCCUCCCUGGAGCCCCCAUAGCCGGGCACAGGCCUAGAGGUGACCAAUAAAGUAUUAGGGACAGA